UGGCAGGGUGGUAGUGCGGCCCAAACAUGUCGCCCCCUGAUGAGUUGUAGAGGCGGUCAGCUGGUGAGCGUGGCACCCUGCUAGCUUCGUGGCACUCCUCUUAUUUUGUGACACUGAUCGGCUCCCCUGGUGCUGUGGUGGAGACCAGGCAGCGGCGGCCGUGUAGGUCUCGCUGAAAAUGUCUAUGUUGCCUUUUACACCGCCCGUAGUAAAGAGACUGCUGAGUUUUAAGAAGGGCGAAGGGGAGGACAAAUGGAGUGAGAAGGCGGUGAAGAGCCUAGUGAAGAAACUGAAAAAGUCAGGUGGUCUGGAAGAGCUGGAGACAGCCGUGACCACCGAGGACGCCAACACCCGCUGCAUCACCAUCCCCAGGUCCUUGGAUGGGCGGCUGCAGGUCUCUCACAAAAAAGGACUGCCGCAUGUUAUCUAUUGCCGACUGUGGCGCUGGCCUGAAUUACAGAGCCACCACGAACUCCGUGCACUCGACCACUGCCAGUACGCUUUCAACCUCAAAAAGGAGGAAGUUUGUGUCAACCCUUACCACUACACCAAAAUAGAGGCUCCAGCUCUGCCAGCAAUCCUGGUACCUCGGGGGAGUAGCACCAGCAGUAGUAGUAGUGGUGGUGGUAGUGGAGGUGUGGGAGGCUCGGGCUCUGACCCCGGCUCGGCUGAGGACCUGGGUUCCCUCGCUGACCUCACAGCAGACAGUGUUAGCGACUCUGCCUCCCUUACCUCAGUAGCUCCCACGCUAGAGCCACAACCCACUUUCCCCGCCACCGAAUCCCCACCGCCGGGCUACAUGAGCGAGGACGGUGACAGUCAUGACCUACCCGACAUAACAGAUUACUCAGGUAUGUGUCUUGUAUAGUGUUAAAUUUCACCAAAUAUUGAAAUAAGGUAAAUAUUGAAAUAAGGUAAAUUCAGGUGUUUGUAUUUUUUUGUACAUACUAAAUACUGCAUUGCCUUGUUGACAUAAAUAUAUUCAAACGAGUUAUCAAGAAUUAUCUGGAUGAAGUUGUAAGAUGUGGCUAUCACCUGUUUGUGUGGAAAGUGUUGUAAGUGCCCAGGAGUUAGUAACUUAGAAAAGGUUGAAACCAUUGUAGCAAAGUAGAGUCAACAGUGCGUGGGUUAAUUAAUCCCUAGGGUACGGAGGUCACUGUGCUGAAUAAUAUCGUCGGACAUUCGUCAAAUAAAAUGUUAAAGUUGUCAUCCUGUAGUGAAUGGGUUAAUAAUAUUCAUCUCGAUUAACUUUCCCUUGUUGCUGUUGUUAUGUGGGGUGGAUCAGGGGCAGGUGCAGAAGUUAACAGGAAAGGCCUGAAAUAGCAAGUAAAAAUAAUACCUCUUGGCUCCAACUUUUAAAUGAAGUUGACCAAGAAACUCCAGAAAGCAUAAGGACAGAAGUCAUAAAUAAAGCCAGCGGUAUUUGUGGGACUAAUACAGUUCACUGAAUUACCACUUGGAAGCAUUACACUUGUUUCAUGUCUCGGUACAGUGGCCGAAAAACCAUAGGUGGCGAGUAAUUAGCGUUAGAAAAGUAAUUAAAAAUUUUGUGAUGUCAUUUGGACAAGUAAUUGUACAGAUAUUAAAUUGCGGACAAGAGAUCCUUAAUCAGCAUGUUCAGGAAUACAUAUACUGUAAUAAGCUUUUGAACAUAGCCUGAAAACAGAUGAACAUUUUGGUUUUAGAGCUGACCAAAGAAGAACUGGUGCGUGAAGACUGGGUAAAUACACUAUCCAGUACUCUUCUCCUAUACUGUGGGUUGCUGGUUCUACCCUAAGGCACCCCCAGUUCACCCCUCUGUGAAUGUGUACCUAAAUUACCUGGUGGGGAAGUGAAAGCAGUCAAGUACAGUGCUGACCACAUUGUUUCCUGAAGGCUUGGUAUUUAGUGUACUGUAUCAACACUGGUCUAAAUGGCCUGUCAGGAUUAUGGCACCACUGUCAAGGAAGAUCAUAAAGUACUGUAUCUAGUUUUAAAGAAUAUAGUUUAGAGGUCAAAGUCAGGUGUUGUGGAGGUUUGGUCUGUGAUGGAUAUCUAAUUUUAGUUUGAUAUAUCCUGUUGUGCAUUGAAUAAAGCUGACUACAAAAAAGACAGGUUUUUGGCCAUUCUGGAUGGAAGUAGCUCGUGGAUGGGUGAUAAAGGCCAUCUCCGUGUUAAGGGUAACACUUACUUAGGUAUUUGCCCUGCGGCUUAAUCAUUUUAUAGUGGUGGAUUGUGGGUAUGUUAAGCUGCUGCUCAUUUCUGAGUGAUGAUAUAAGUGCAGCUGUAUUGUUCUAAAGUGGGUGUAAUCACAGUGAGGGCAACACAUCACGGACAAUGUAGGCGACACUAAGAGCUCCUUCAAGAGCCUUGUACAAGAGGUGUUCUAUUCUUGUAGCACAAGAUAAAAAAGAAAAUUCCAGAAUCUCCUAUUUAUUGAUGUUCUUCUCUUGUGUUCUGUGCUUCUGAGUGUUGCCUUUCUUUCU